AUGGCACGAGGUAACCAACGAGAUCGUGACCGUGAGAGGGCACAGGCUCGUACUUCAGGCAAGGGAAAGACUAAAGAUGACGGGCUGACUCCCGAGCAACGCCGUGAAAGGGAUGCAAAGGCAUUGCAAGAGAAGACGGCGAAGAAGGCGGCUCAGGCAGCAGCCGCCUCUGGAGGAGGAGGAGGAGGCAAAGGAAACAACUAGUAAUAAACCCUCUUCUUGGAUUGGAGACAUUGAAAUGUAACUUUUUCAGUCUUCUGGGUUUGAGUUUAUUCUUCGUUUGAUAAUGUCUGAUAUUCAGUUUCUGUCUUUGAUGUUUUAACUUAAAACAGCUCCACGACCACCGUUCUUGUUCUGUCUCUGUUGAGCUUUCUGUUGCAUUGAUCAGAAACUUUGGUACUUUUCUGAAUCUUU